CGGGGCCGGGGCGGGGCUCCCCGCCGGGCCGGAAGCGGCGCGCGGCCCGGCGCUGGCGGACGUGCGGCGCCGCGGCAGGGGUCUCGGCCCCGCCUCCCCCCCCCCCCCCGCGGCGGCGAUGGACGCGCGGGCGCGCGCCAAGCGCUACGAGAAGCUCGACUUCCUGGGGGAGGGGCAGUUCGCUACUGUCUAUAAAGCGAAGGAUAAGAACACCAACCAGAUCGUGGCUAUUAAAAAGAUUAAACUUGGACAUAGAUCAGAAGCUAAAGAUGGAAUCAACAGAACAGCCCUCAGAGAGAUAAAGUUGUUGCAGGAGCUAAGCCAUCCAAAUAUUAUUGGUCUUCUAGAUGCAUUUGGACACAAAUCAAAUAUUAGUUUGGUGUUUGAUUUUAUGGAAACAGAUCUAGAGGUUAUUAUAAAGGAUACUAGUAUUGUGUUGACACAGUCUCACAUCAAAGCAUAUAUGCUCAUGACACUUCAAGGAUUAGAAUAUUUACAUCAGCACUGGAUUCUGCACAGGGAUCUAAAACCCAAUAAUUUGUUGUUAGAUGAAAAUGGGGUUUUAAAAUUGGCUGACUUUGGCUUGGCAAAGUCUUUUGGAAGUCCAAAUAGAGUCUAUACACACCAGGUAGUAACAAGGUGGUACCGAGCUCCAGAACUAUUGUUUGGUGCUAGAAUGUAUGGUGUAGGUGUUGAUAUGUGGGCUGUUGGUUGUAUUUUAGCUGAAUUGCUCCUCCGGGUUCCUUUUUUGCCAGGGGACUCUGAUCUUGAUCAGCUGACAAGGAUAUUUGAAACCCUGGGCACUCCAACAGAAGAACAGUGGCCUGGAAUGACUAAUCUUCCAGAUUAUGUCACGUUUAAGUCCUUCCCUGGAAUGCCACUUCAACAUAUCUUCAGUGCAGCUGGUGAUGAUUUGCUUGAUCUUCUGCAAGGCUUAUUCACAUUUAAUCCUUGUGCUAGGGUUACAGCUACUCAGGCAUUGAAGCAGAAGUAUUUUAGCAACCGACCAGGACCUACUCCAGGAAGUCAGCUUCCAAGACCCAACUGUCCUGCAGAAGCUCUAAAGGAGCAACAAAAUGCACUUUUAAAUUUAAAAAGGAAAAGAACAGAAGGAAUAGAUCAAGCCUCAAGAUUGCAAUAAGGGAUGGAGGGAGAUCCAGCUGGGAAAGCUAUACCAGCCCUCCUGUCAACCUGUGGCUGUUGAGCAUUUCAUAGUGCAGAUGCUGGGCUCAGCUCUCUUGCCUGAUUCCCAACCCGUGCUGCAAAGUGGCUGCUGAGUAACCAGAUUUCUGCAGUGGGAAGAAACAAGCCAGUAGGUGCUGUUGAUGUAGCUUAACUGCAUGCCCACCCCUGUUGUGCAGUGGAUCUCUGGGGCACCUGGUGAGCCAUUGUCGUUUCCCGCCUGUGAGCUACUUUCAGUGUUCUGUUUUCUGAUGUGGCAAGCAUCUUGGCUGAAGAUUGAGACUUGUAGAGGAAGAGUAACCAUCUUAUUGCUCCUAUGUGAUACUUCAUUUGACUCCUACCUUGAGCCAAUUUGAAGUAUAUUGGCCUUUUGAGGGAGAAGAGUUACUAGACACUAGAUACCCUACUGUGCUGUAUGUUGUUGGCAAUUGAAAAUUAAACUUUAAUUUCCUACUAAGAUCUAA